GUGACACGCUUAUUUCCAUUCUUCGCGUCAAGUAGACGGACGACCCAAGGAACGUAAAUUCGAUGACAUGCUCCGGUUUUUUUUUUCUCUGCCACGGACCAGCCGAGUUAAUCUUGGUUAACCUUUUAGUUUUGGCAUGUCAGGGCUGUCUUCUGACCCGCUAUCUAUCUCGGCCGUAUCCAUCUCCCACGCGCCGGCGCGUCAGUACUAACUAACUAAUUCAGACCCGCUUGACUUGAGGAAUGCUGUCGGAUACUUUUCCUACAAAAGAAUGCCAUCACCCGGGCCACGGUUGCUGCGAAGCCUCGUACCUCACAUAUCUCACCUCUUUGGCUGGUUACUUUCGUCGGUGCCGUCCGUUGAACCAGAGGUGAAUCAGUCACCUGCUAAUGCUGCCAACACCAGCUAUCUAAAUAUUCGACACCAGAGCACAAAAGCCAUCCAUAUCAGCAAACACCUACAACCCGUGUCCUCUGCUCACAUCCGCAGACUGAAAAAAAUUCAAUCACCCAGCCAAAAGGCGCGGAUGAGGCUGCGGGACGUUUCACCCCCUUGCACCCAUGGUUCGGGGAGGCCCGAUGGAACCAUGUAAACAGUGUUGACAUAGUAUAGAUACGCGGGUGUGGAUACUAAGGUUACCUUCCGACCUUGCAUUUCGUGUUUUGCUAUCUACCUAGAUAUCAGAUACUGGGUUGAGUUUGUUCCCAGUGUCACAUGGGUUUAUUUCGGGUACUUCGUAAAUCGGAUCUUCACUGAAAGGACAAGGGGGGUUAUAAAUGCCUUUAAGAUACUUGUGAGUAUCACAUGUUAAGUAAGUGUACGGGGUGAAGGAAUUUAUCAGAUUGAGCAGCUGGUGUGGUGG